AUGAUUUUGCAAACAUUUUUGAUUAAGGUGCUAUUUAUGUUAAUCGUUAUAAUGAAUUGUGUACUAUGUGACAAGAGUUCAGAUGAAUUCAAUAAGCCGGAUAUAGCUCGAGUAGGCAAAACAAGAAGAGAUAAAAUGAAGCAAAAUACAGCUGUAGGCACAUUUUCAAACGUUAUAACACAAAUACAAAAUUUACCGAACAUGGAUCUUGGCAGGAGGUUCAGAACACCCUGUAAAACCGGUAAUAAAUGUGGAAAAGUUAUCAAAAGGCUUAUGGUUCCAAAAUUAGCUCAACUUGAAAACACCAUUAUGGGGGUGAUGAAGGAACUGGCUAAAAUGCCCCCCGGGUCCAGACUUCCUGAUAAAUAUACAAAAACAGAACCAAUUAAAUUGUUACUUGAUCAAAAUUAUAAAGAAGAUGUAUGUAUGGAUAAACUGGAAUCUUGUUUAAAAGAAGACAAACGUCGUAAACGGAUUCUCAAAAAAUUGUUUUUCAAAAAGUAUAACUCGAUACGCCAAGAAUUGAUUGGCUACGGCGGACGACGGCUGUGGGGAGGGGAAGGAAAUUUGUUCUACAGAUAA